AUGGUGGGUGUCGGCUUACUGCUCGGGCUCGUCGGGCUCCUCCCCGCUGGCCCGGCCCACUCCUGCGGCCCGCUGGCGCUGCCGCGGCCCCCACGCGGCGGCCUGCUCCAGAUGCAGACCGCGGAGGACGCCUGCAGUGGGCCCCAUGGCGCUCGAUCCGCCCACGGCUGCUCAGGGGAUGACCCCGCGCAGGCGAUGGGCGUGCACGUCAGAGCGGCGGGUGCCGUCGAGCGGCUCUCCUCCAGCUUCCUCAGUGCAUGGCUGACCGCCGUCACCCGACAAAAAUCCCCGAUAUGUCCUGCGGCCGCCCUCAAGCACGGGCAUUGGCGCUACGUCGGCCCAACAGGAGACGUCCACCGCAACCGCGACCCGGUCCAGUCCGACGGCGUCGCAGGGCUGUGGCACGGCUACCGCCUCAACAUUGUGCGCACCAUCCCGCAGUGCAUCAUCACCUUCACUGCGUACGAGACCGCCGCAAAGGCGCACCGAGCGCGCCGCGGCGGCGCGCACGGCGAGGAAGCCGGCGCGCCGCCACGGAGCGUCUCUCGCCACCAGCGGUCGGAGAGCGAGGGGGUCCUUACGCGCACCAGGACCGAGAGCAGAUGA